CCCGUAUUGCUCUCUGUGUGAUGCCCCCAACCAUCUCCGGUGGCUCCCCGCGCGAGUGAUUAUGUCUGGCUCGGUAUAAACAGCGGAAGUAAAGGCGUCAUCGUGAAUAUGCCGCCCUCCACUGCUGUUCCAUCCUUAUCGAAUGACACCGCAUCAACAUCGGCUUCUUCUUUAUCCGGCAUGUCUGUAGACACGAGAUGGGCCUCCGGAUUGGCGAGUCAUGAGGUGCUGGAAGACGAUGGAAUGGGGGCGCUCAUCGUCCCUGCCCACGCCCGUCGCGACCCUCAUACCACCUACCUCUGCCUCUUCCAUAUCCUUGACUGCCACAUCGCCUUCGACAAUCCCGAGGACUGGCGAAUCCACGUCCUGAGCCACUUCCGCACACACCAGCCGCCCAAGACUGCGCGCUGUCCCCUCUGUCCCGGGGAACGGUUCAAUGACACCUCCCAGACCAGCGCCUGGGAUGCCAUGCUCGAUCACGUAGACGUGGUCCAUUACCAGCAAGGCGAAAAUCUCGCCGGCAGUCGACCCGAUUUUGAGCUGAUGCAAUACCUGUAUGGCUUGAGGAUCAUCAGCGUGGACCAGUUCAAGGUCAUGCAGCUCCCGCCCCCGCCGUCGAGCCCCGCGUAUCAUCAGUCGCAGGAACCAGUGCGCGCCAAUAUUGGUUCGUCCGAUGAGCCGUAUUGCGCUCCGUAUAGCCGGCGGCGGGAGGAAAGAAUGCGUGGCCAGCGUCGAGGGGUUAGCGUCGCUUGAUCUUCUUGAAUGUUUUCUGGUGCGUGAGUGCGGUAUCCGCUUCAUCGAUAUUCAGAUUGAUAUGACGGGGGGAGGGUUUCAUCCUUUGUCUGUUUGGGGGGAUUCCCUUUUAUCCUCAUGUGUAUUAUCAGCGAUACUUAAAAAGUCAAGGAAGUAGGUUUCGUCAGGAUAU